AUGUCACAAAAAAUAGAAUCAUCAUCAUCAUCACCAUCAGUAGAGAAACCAGAAUGGAAACCAGAUCAAAGUGCAUUGGAAUGCACCAGUUGCAAGUCACCAUUCACUUUAAUUAGAAGAAGACAUCAUUGUAGAAAAUGUGGAUCAAUCUUUUGUGAUCCAUGUUCAAAUUUCUACUCUGUUUUACCAGCUGAAUUUGGAUACAGUGGACAACAGAGACUUUGUAAAUCAUGUCAUUCAUUCUUUGAACAAAAGAGACAAUUCUUUGAUACCGAUGCAAUUGUUGCACAAUUACAAUUGAGAUCAUCCUCAAACUAUGAAUAUUCAAAGCCACUGAAUGAUAUUGGUAAUACAAAGAAUGGACUACGCAAAUCAUAUAUCCUAUCGAAACACACUGGUUCUGGUGAUGAGUAUCUUAUCACUGUUACAACACCUGGAACUACAUGUCCAUGGCCAAUGAACUCGGAGAAGCACAAACAAAAAUUCAUAAAGACAGUACUAGCUUUGAAACACAAAUACAUCUAUCCAGUAUCUUCUGUAGAGAUAGCUGGUUCCAACGAUAAAGUAUUUCUAUUCAAGAAAUAUUGUUCAAAAGGAAGUUUAAAAGAUAUUAUUUAUAAAGCAAAACCAUCAAAUGUUUACGAUUCAAAAUAUACACAUAGUUUAAAGAAAUCAUAUUCCACUGGAGUGACAGUUAAAUUGAUGCCUAGAUACGGUAGACAAUUGUUGGAUGCACUGAUAUAUUUGAAGCAGCGGGGUAUUGCUUUUACACAUCUACACUCUGGUAAUGUUCUUUUCAAAGACGACACUUGCUAUCUCACAGACGUUGAGAAUAGCUUGCUCGGUCUCAAGCCAUAUUACUAUGAGUAUAUCAACGGCAAGGAGAAUGCCGAGGUGAUUUGUUUCGGUCAUGUCAUGUUUGAGUGUAUCGUUGGUGUUCCACUAGCAGAGAUACCAAUCGGUAAUUUCGCAUCGGUCAUUCCCGACAACGUGAUGGAACUACUGAAAUUCAUAUUUGUCGAUGCCAAUCGCACCAAUGUUUCACUCGAAGAUCUGGUGAAACAUCCGUACUUCAAUCAGGUCAAGAUCGAAGAUAGUUCGGCAACCGACGGCAAGCUGAAGAAAUCGCAGUUGGCGUUCGUCAAGGACUAUUGCAAUCGCGUCGAGCAACCGGCGGUCUCGCCAAGAGGACCAGGUGUAAUGAAGAAGCAGGCAUCGUCGGCAUCGAUGUUUGGCGACACUCCAUCGUCGUCGCACUCCAGUAGUGGCACCUCGACCUACUCCACCACAAGCACUGCACCACCACAGCCAUCGUUCUCGACACUCCCACCAAAGGCAUCGACAUCGUCAACCAAUCUCUUGAAAUCAGCAAACAAACUAUCGUCAUCGACCGAUUUGAAUCAACUAAAGACAAGUACAGCUGCACCAGCGCCACCACCUCCACCAGCACUAUCGGGUGGAGCUGCACCACCACCUCCACCUCCACCACCCAAAGCAGCCAAAGAUCUACCAAAACAAGAAGGUAGAAACGCACUUUUGGAUUCUAUCCGUAACCCUAACAACUUUAAGAAUCUAAAGAAAGCUCCACAGGCAUCACCAUCAAAAUCGAGUGGAAUCAAGAAAAAGAGAUAG